AUGGAGGAGGAGGAGCAGCUGCACUGUCUGGGCACGCGGUGCUUCCAGUCGCCGCACGACACCUAUCGCUUGCCCACCUACUAUGAAGUGCCGCUCAUGCGCGGCGAGAAGGCCCCAGGCCGGGACUACCGCUGGAUGGUGGGGGUGCGGCUGAAGAACGAGGCGGGCGCGCGACCCAAGAGGCAUAUUCGCCUCGCCGCCUACCGCGCCGUCGCACUGCCGCAAUGCCUCGGCCUCGGCGACGACGGCAGGUGGCGGUGGCAGCACAUCCCCGUGGCGCUGCUCGCGGGCUUCAAGCUCACCGCCUCCGCCCUCCCCGCCACCGCCACCGCCGCUGCCGCUGGCAGCAACACUGGCGCGGCAAGCUCGGGGGAGAAGGGGGAAGUGCUGGGAGCAGUGGGCGCGCGCGCGAGCGCGGAGAGUCGCCUUUGCACUGUGUGGUCGGCGUCUGUGAAGCCGCAUGUGCGCCUGCAAGUUCUCACGCCGCUGCUGGGCAAGAUAGCACUGAAGCCGUCGCUGGACGUGCUGCCGCGCCCAGCGCUCUGCAUCAAGCGCUCCUUCAAUGUCGGCACCGCCAAGCUCUCCCUGCGCGCCAAGCUGCAGGCGGAGGGCGAUGCGUGGCGCAUGCGCCUGCCCUCAUGGACCCUGCAGCUGGACUGGCGACCGGCUGACUCGGUGCGAGUGCAACGGGAGGAGCAGCAGGACGACUCUAUAACGCUCAAGUACACCAAGGGCUUUAAGAUCUCACGCGACUGCAGAGGGGUGGUGGCGGGGCUGAUGGAGCUGCCGUGCCGCAUCUCCUCGUCGCAUGCGGCGCCGCUCUUCUCUCUCUUCCCGCGCAAGUUUGGCCUUGAGUCGCUGCGCCUCACGCAAGUCAUUGGCACCAGGGCCCCGCGCGACCCGCCGCUAUCAACGAGGAGGUACAUGCGGGCGGCGCAGCACAUAGGGCGCAGCGACGUCAUCUCGGUGGUGCCGGGCCACUGGAUCGACCCCGGCUUUGAGCCCGGCGCUCCGGGAGAAAGGGAAUUCAACCUCGAGGUGGCAGAUGCAUUGGAGAGGCAGUUGAGGAGUACGGGGUGGGAUGUGUUGCGCCCGGACAGGGACGCUCCCAACCUGCAGUGGGAGCAGUACCUCAACUGGGUCUCCAAGCAGACCAUGAGGGGAGUGCCGGUGAUAGAGAUUCACGGGCAGGGCUCCAAUGCGGACUACCGGGGCUUUGUGCUGGGCGUCAUAGGUGACAAGGACACGCCUCUCAACAAGGAGCUGGCGCGUAAGUUUGGGCACUUUGCAAUGGACUGGCGGGAGCUGGCAGUGCCCAGGCGGGGAGGCACCAUUGUUGAAAGCUUCAACUCUGAUGAGGUGCUGCAAAUGGCUCCGUGGCACCGGCAGUGGGCAGUGAGUCGACUAGCCAAUCGCAUUGCAACAUGUGUGGAGCGCGCGAGUGCGCCUAACAGGAUGGCGCGUGGGGUGCAUGUGCCGGCGUCUCUCCUGAGCGACACAGCGUACGACCGCGACCUCAUUCCCGAGCCCGGCAGCCCUGUUGCCACGCCCCGCUCGCCCUAUGGCUCCAGCAGCAGCAGUGGCAACAGCAGUGGCGGCAUGGGCAGUGCAGGGGGGCAUCACCACUAUAGUCACAGCAAGCUGUGGGCCGUGCCUGAUUUAGGGGACAGCAUGGAGCGGCGAUCGCAGCUCAUUAGCGGGGUGGAGAAGGCGCAGCAGCAGCAACAGCUGCAGGCGCCCCUGUGGAGGGGCCUUGUGUGGCCGUGGCAGCGCAAGGUGCAGCAGCAGGAAGCGGGGAAGAGGCGAGGCUGGUUUCAGCAGAAAUGA